CAAAUCAGCUGUUUACAUUAAUUUAUUCUAAUUGCAGUGUGUGUCAGCAAAUAAUUUAACUGCUUGUGCUUUACUAAAUUGUUUAAGUUAGUUACACCAAAAUUAGUAACAAUGAGCACCAAAAUCGUGAAUCGCAUAGUCCUUGUUACAGGUCUUAUUAGUUUAUUGCACGCCGCUUUUUCAGCAGCUCACCAUCGCACUUAUUUGCGGCUAACUGAACAGGAUUGGACGCGACUGCCUAUAGAUAUUGUCGUGCAGACCGUUGUUAGCUUGCUGGUGGUCGUUUACAAUUUAAUCCAAGUGGUUGGUAAUUUUAAGGAAAUACGUGCUACAGUUGACAUGCAAGAGAAGUCUUGGGAUACCUUGAGCAACUUGCCAUCAUUUUACACAUUUAAUCAUCGUGGUAUGGCGCUGUAUCAAAACUACGAACAAGAAGAAUCAUCGAGCGCAGGCAGCAAGAGUAGUCUAGAUGUAGAAUAUUAACAAUGGAAGUUAUGUAUUUAGGUAUAUAAUAGUAUUUUUGUUUGCUUUCUGUGCAAGUGAUGUUUAAAAAUGCAAUAAACCCUGCAUAUUUUUUAAGAAACAAAAUUAACAACUGUAAA